AUGGGUAUCGAGCGCCCGGCCGGGGUUGUUCGGCCUACACGUGCCAUCGCGCUUGCCAAAGAAGUCACUCCGGCUUCCCGAAAGCAUGCGGUCUCAGCCGCUACAAUCUUCAAACAGCGACCGCAGAACGCGAAGAGAGUCGAGAUCACGUCGAGGCCAAUUGACGCUGCGGCCAGGUUGACAGCCAAUCCGUCUUCAGCGCAGAAGCCCGCGCGCUCGAGCACGCGCAGCCCUCAGAAGGGUUUGUGGGAAGUACAGAAGAAAAGGGCCGACGAUGUGCAUCCUCUUGCUGUGGUAUUCAAAGACACUGCAAACGAGUACCGCAAGCACCUCUACACCACCGCUACCGCCAGGCUCGAUGCGACUCUCUCCAAGCGUCUCACCACUCUGCAUGAAUCCAACCUCUCGCCUAUCUCUUCCGCCCCCAACACCGACGACCCCCAUGACUCUCCCGUCAAGCUCACCAUUCCGGCGAAGUACGACCGCGUGGCCAGCAAAGUCUUCCGAUCCCUUCGUGAGUACAACAUCACCAGUCGCCAGACGAACGAGAAUGGCGAACAAGAAUCGGUCCAAACCACGCUGGAAGAGAAGCUUGUAAGCUUUGAAGAGCGCUACAAGAAAGAAGCCGAGGAGAUCAUGCGAUUGGAAUCGCAGUGGGAGCAGAUUGUGAGCGAGAUAUGGAAAGUAGGCACGCAGUGCCUCGGCGAGGAUGCAAUGAGCGAGCUCCUCGAGCAACAGCCGCCCUCUUCCCCGGCCCGAAACGCUGAGCCGACGCUGUUCGUCCCUGAGCAAGGCAGUUCUCCGCUCCCCACCCGAACUGCAGAGAACAAGGACCCUAAGAAGCACGUCACCUUCCAAACACCGCAGCGUGACCUGCCCAGGUUCCUCUUGGCGCCUUCAGUGUACCGCAACCAUCCUAUCCCCACGCUGCCCGACCUUCCUGAGAAGGAGGCGAAGACCUUGGAGGAUGUGGUGGCGAAGCUGGGUGUUGAGCAGAUCGACGAGCUGAAGAGAAUCGACAAGGAGCAACAGAAGUGGUGGGGUAAGAAGACGCAGCAGAUCGCCAUGGCGUUGGGAGAUGAUUGA